AUGGCGUUCUCUAGCAUUUUGCAUUCUCCAAUUCAGUUCCCUCUCCCCGGCCCCCACCAGCAUCACCGCCGCCGCGCCCCCUUUUUCACGGCAGCCGCCAUUCCCCCUCUCGCCGCCGCCACGGAGUUAGCCUCAGUCUACGGAAACCUGGACAGCGCGGCGAUCGCCGUAAUCGGCGGCGGGUCCGUCGCCGCCGUCGCCGCCGCGCUCUCCCUCGCCGACCCGGAGAGGCGCCGCCAGCUGCAGGCGGAGGAGGUCGGCGGCGGGGACAAGGAGGUGGUCCGGGAGUACUUCAACAACGACGGGUUCCAGCGGUGGCGGAGGAUCUACGGGGAAACCGACGACGUGAACAAGGUGCAGCGGGACAUCAGGCUGGGCCACUCGAAGACGGUGGAGAACGUGAUGAAGAUGCUUCUGGACGAGGGGCCGCUGAGUGGGGUCACGGCAAAAGAGGAGCUUUUCAACGGCAAGGACGAGCUACCCUCCGGACUCGUACUGCCAAAAUUCGAAGUGAAAGACUUGGAGAGCUUAGACGGAAAGUACAACACAGUAGUCUGCUUAGACGUUUUGAUACACUACCCUCAGAACAAAGCAGAUGCCAUGAUUGCACACUUGACUUCUUUGGCUGAGAGCCGAUUGAUACUAAGUUUUGCCCCAAAGACAUUUUACUAUGAUCUGCUGAAGAGAGUUGGGGAACUAUUCCCUGGGCCCUCAAAGGCUACACGGGCUUAUCUUCAUGCUGAGGCAGACGUGGAGAGGGCAUUGAAGAAAGUUGGGUGGAAAAUAAGAAAGAGAGAUUUGAUAACAACACAGUUCUACUUUUCAAGAGUCGUUGAGGCUAUUCCUGCUCAGUGA